UCUAGUGAAGGGUUUUGAGGAAGAACUCUUGACUUCUUUCCAAUGCCUUGGGUGACCUUGGGCAAGUCACGUCAGCUCAUUGUGCCUCAGUUUCCCCCGGGUUAUGUGGCAGUGCUAAUACCAAGCCAGCCUGCGUGGAGGGCAGCUUAGCGAUUGAGUGCGGAGCAGCACAGGAUCGGGGCGGGGACAGAACAUGGCGGUUCCGACCGCACUUAGGAAAAACAAACAGCAACAGUGAAGUUUCCCCAGAGUCCUAUCUGCCUCUGUACAUGGUUGGAAUACCAGACUCGGUAAACGUGAUCCCUUCCAAACAUUCCUUCAGGACCUCUGCCAGCCCCAUUAUGCAACCCCAAUUGCAGCAGACACAAAGCCCCCCUACUUGCCCAUAGCCCGAAUCUCCCCCCAUCCCACCUCCCUCCCUCGGCUUUGAUCAGACGUGAAGACAACAGCAAGCGAAGACACAGCGUCCCGGCUGCAGUUCACGCCCAGGCAGCGUGACAGCUCCUGGCAGGUUGCUUUCUCCGUUUCCUUUUCCAGUGCUCCGGGAGGCGAGCGUGGGGGUGUGUGUGGAACGCGACUGUUCCUGUGGGGACCAUGUGAGGACGAUCUUUAUUUCGGAGGCGAAGACAGAGCAGAGGGAAUCAGGAGCCCUGUGCCGGUCUGGCUUCAAUUAAAGAUCCUGAGAAGACUCUGCAGAGUGGAGCCUGGGAGACUCGCAGCCGGGACCUGGCUAUGCGGCUGAGCUGCGGCUGUCUCCUGGUCCUCUUUGUGAAGAUCCCCUCCUUCUGCCUGGUCGGGAGCCAGGAUGAUGAGGAUGCCCCACCAUCCCCCCCGUUUGGCGUGGGGCCCCUACCCCCGAAGAACACCCCAGGCUGCCCGGCCAACUGCACCUGCCCCUCAGAGGAGACGGUGGAGUGCGGGGGGCUCGACCUGCACGUCUUCCCCAGCAACGUCUCCAGAGCUGUCCAGCAUCUUUCUCUGCAGAAUAACCAGCUGCGGGAGCUGCCCUACGACGAGCUGGCCCAGCUGACCAGCCUGAAAACCCUCAACUUGCACAACAACCACAUCAUCUCCGAUGGCCUCCCGGAUGAAGCCUUUGAGUCCCUGGACUCGCUGCAGUACAUCUACCUGGCCAACAACAAGCUCACGGUAGCACCGCAGAUCCUCCCCAGCACAGUGCGCAUAGUGGACCUGGCUGCUAACCUGCUCACCGAAGUCUACCCGCUCACCUUUGGGCAGAAAGCCAACCUCAGGUCCGUGUAUCUUCACAACAACCAGCUGACCAACACCGGGCUCCCCUAUGACGCCUUCAACGGCUCCGACGCCGUCAGCACCAUGAUCCUCUCCAGCAACCAGCUCAGCUACCUGCCCCAGAACCUGCCCCCUGCGCUCGUCCGGCUCCACUUACAGAACAACCGCAUCGCCCGGAUCCCCAGGGGGGCACUGAGCAGCCACUGGAAGCUCCGAGAGCUCUACCUGCAGAACAACAACCUGUCCAACCAGGGCAUGGACCCUUCCACCUUCAGCAAGCUGAAGAGCCUGGAGUACCUGGAUCUGUCUAACAACAACCUGACUGAGAUCCCGGCUGGCUUCCCCCCGAACAUCAUGAUCCUGCACCUGGGCAAGAACCGCAUCGACUCGCUGCUGCCCCGGGACAGCCUGAGCCGGGUGCGCGGCCUGCAGUACCUGCUGCUGCAGAACAACCGCCUGACGGCCGCCGGCGUCCACCCCGACGCCUUCCUCAAGCUACGCAACCUGCACACCCUGCACCUCUACAACAACCGGCUGGAGCGGGUGCCCCCGGGGCUGCCCCGCCGGGUGCGCUCCCUCAUGAUCCUGCACAACCAGAUCACGCACAUCGGCCUGCCGGACUUCGCCAACACCUACCUGCUGGCCGAGCUCAACCUGAGCUACAACCGCCUCUACAGCGCCAAGAUCCACCGGCUGGCUUUCCGCAAGCUGCGCCGGCUCGAGAGCCUGGACCUGUCGGGCAACCAGCUCACCCUGCUGCCCGCCGGCCUCCCGCCCAGCCUCCAGGUGCUCAAGCUGCACAAGAACCAGAUCAACUCCCUCUCGCCCGAGCUGCUGGCCAACCUGACCGGCCUCAAGGAGCUGCACCUGGCCCACAACAGGCUGCGCAUCGGCUCCAUCACCCCUGGCACGUGGCAGGAGCUGCAGGGGCUCAAGCUCCUGGAUCUCAGCAACAACGAGUUGUCCUACAUCCCCCCGGACCUGCCAGAGUCCCUCGAGUACCUGUAUCUCCAGCACAACCGCAUUGCUGUCAUUGGGGCCGAAGCCUUCCACACCAUCCCCGACAUCCGAGCCAUCGUCCUCAGGUAA